GUUCGCGACCGGUUGUGCCAUGUGUCCCUGUGUUUCGACGGUUCUUUUCGUAAUCGCGGCCUUUCUGGCCUUGAUCUAUGUCUUUCUGAUCUGGAACUUUAACUACUGGAAGAAGCGAGGCAUUCCCUCGGCCAAAUCAUGGCCUUUCGUGGGCAGUUUCCCCAGCGUUUUUACCCAGAAGCGCAACGUGGUCUACGACAUCGAUGAGAUAUACGAACAGUACAAAAACACCGAUAGCAUUGUGGGGGUAUUCCAAACUAGAAUGCCACAACUUUUGGUCACAAGUCCGGAAUAUGCUCACAAAAUUUUCGUUAGCGAUUUUCGCAGCUUCCACGACAAUGAGAUGUCCAAGUUUACUAGCAAAAAGGUGGACAAGAUUCUGGCCAACAACCCGUUCAUAUUGACAGGUGAAUCCUGGAAGGAAAGACGCGCGGAGGUUACACCCGGACUUUCGGCAAAUAGGGUCAAAGCUUCCUAUCCUGUUUCGCAACGCGUUUGUAAAUCCUUUGCUGAUUACAUUAAACGACAGCAACGAAUGGCCUCCUCGGAUGGUUUGAAUACCAAGGAAUUGUGCUUGCACUAUACCACCGAAGUGGUUUCUGAUUGUGUUUUGGGUAUCUCCGCCCAGAGUUUCACUGAUAAUCCCACACCUCUCGUGGGAAUGAUUAAGCGAGUCUUUGAGCAGUCCUUUGGAUUCAUCUUGUACACAGUGGUGGCCAAUCUAUGGCCACCGAUCCGAAACUUCUACAGCGUUGGUCUGUUCGCCAAGGACGUGGAGGAGUUCUUCUUCGAUAUCAUGAGGAAGUGCAUCCAAGUGAGGCGGGAGAAUCCGGGACAACAGCGCGACGACUUCCUCAACUACAUGCUGCAGUUGCAGGAGAAGAAGGGACUGGACGCCGUGGAGUUGACCUCACAUACCAUGACCUUCCUCACCGAUGGAUUUGAGACCACCGCUCAGGUGCUGACCCAUGCUUUGCUACUCCUGGGACGCAAUCCUGAGGAGCAGAGGAAGUUAAGGGAGGAAAUAGGAACUGCGGAGUUGACCUUUGAACAGUUGAGUGAACUACCUUUUAUUGAGGCCUGCAUUAAUGAAACCCUACGACUUUUCUCUCCCCUGACGGCUGCCCGCAAGGUGGUCACUAAGCCCUACGAGUUCCUAAACAAAAAUGGAGUAGGCGUUAAGGUUUAUCCGGGUGAUGUGGUCAUUAUUCCAGCCAACGCCUUCCAUUACGAUCCUCAGUACUACGAGGAUCCGCAGUCCUUCAAGCCCCAGCGAUUCCUGGACGUCAAUGGCGGAGCCAAGAAGUACCGAGAUCAGGGUGUUUACUUUGGUUUCGGCGAUGGACCGCGUAUUUGUCCAGGCAUGCGGUUCGCACUCACCCAAGUUAAAGCCGCCCUGGUGGAGAUCUUGCGGAACUUUGACAUCAAGGUCAAUCCCAAAACACGCACGGAUAAUCAGUUUGAUGACACAUAUUUUAUGGCUGCCUUGAAAGGGGGCGUUUGGCUGGACUUUGUGGAUCGCAAAUAGACAAAUACCUCAUUGCUGCUUUGUAUCUUAUCAAAUAUACUUUGUAAAGCUAA